AUGCCGACUCCGUCGUCCAAUCAGCCUCCGGAGGCUCCAGUGCCACAUGUCGUAACCUGCCCCGACGACUCCCAGUUAUCCCCACGCCCAGGGUGGAAUCUCGACGAGCAUGGCGCAAGGAGCGAAGACCACGAUGUCAAUAUGGAGGUUCGAGACGAGUCUGACUCUGCCCCUGCCGGCGAAAUGAUCGGUGUUCGCGAUGGCGCUGUCAUCCACGAUGUCGUCAUGGAGCAAAUAUCAGCCGAGUCCUCUUCAAGAGCAACCACAAUGUCACCUCGCCCGCAAUCACACGAAACCAUUGACACUUCGCCUAUCUCAUCAGACGCAGAUCGCAAUACAACCAAAACAUCAGAGCUACUUGAGGAUGGCCUAAGUCGGUCUACCGAAUUGAAGACAAACGAGUCUGUGCCUAAUCAGAGCCGAGUUCGAGCAUCAAACGACUAUCUUCAUGAGCAAGAUUCCUCUUCGACAGAUGGAGAGGAUGAUUUCUGCUCGCUAUCGAUGGGCAUGGAUUAUCCAACCCGCAGGACGAGACCCACCCUUCCAUCGUCAUUUUUGCGACCAGGAAGCCGAUUUCAUGGAACACAGCAGUCUGAAAGACAGGUCUAUGACGUCCAGGUGGAAAUCAAGCAUGUCGACAUGCACGAAUCUUUUCUUUGCGGCUAUCUGCGAAUCCAAGGCAAGCCAGGCCUGACUGAGGAUCAUCCUACUCUCACAACCUACUUCGAGGGCGAGAUCAUUGGAUCCAAGCAUAACUUUUUCACCCAGCACGAUGACUGGGGUGCCAAUCACAAGGUGGAUCUCAGUCAUUGGUCCAAGUUCAGCGCCUUCAGGCCAUACCAAAAGCACGCUCGACGGGGCCCUGUCGCCAUUUCGGAUGUGGCCCAGCGAGAAAACAUCUUCAUGCGAUGGAAAGAGCACUUUCUCGUACCUGACCACCGUGUUCGGACGAUUUCAGGUGCCAGCUUUGAAGGCUUUUACUAUAUCUGCUUCAACCAGAUUAGGGGAGAAGUGAGCGGUAUCUACUUCCACUCGAAGAGUGAGAAGUUUCAACAGCUUGAGCUGAAACAUGUACCGGACCGAGGAUGCUUUAACGCAGUGGAAUUCCGGUAG